UUGUGUUUUUAAACCCCUGGGGCCUCAGCCAGCUGAGCAUCCACGCACAGUUCACAGCCCAUACAUCACCACCCGGCAAAACCAAGCAGAAACGGCUCCGCUACUGUUGUGCUCCCCAGCCGAGCAGAGGUGACCAGGGCCUUAUGAGCUCUCCUAAGCAACCGCCGAAGCUCGCCAUGCUUUUACUGCUGGCACUGCUGCUGCUCUGUAACGGAGUUGGCAACGCCCAUUGUUCAAGGAUCCACGAGAACAGUGCCGAUCUGCACGCGCUGCUCGACUUCCAUCGGGGCAUCACCGACGACCCAAAGGGGGCCUUGAGCAAUUGGAACACCACGACCCACUUCUGUCGGUGGAAUGGUGUCACAUGCACCACGACACGGCCAUUCCGCGUCUCAUGGCUAAACCUCACCUGCCAAAACUUACAAGGCCAUAUCACCCCCUCUCUUGGAAACCUAACCUUCCUAAAUCUGCUUGAACUCUCCUAUAAUAGAUUCAUCGGUACCUUCCCUGUUCUUAAUAAUCUCCAACUGCAGUACCUUAUUAUGACCAACAACAGUUUAACAGGGAUAAAUCCUAAUGCACUCUCAAACUGCUCCAAUUGGGGCUACUUGGACUUCUUCUCGAACUUGCUAGUGGGUCCAAUUCCUCGAAACUAGGCUUCCUUUCAAAUCUGCAAUACAUCGAUUUUAGAUCAAAUCAACUCGAGGGAAGCAUUCCUGAUGAACUCGGGAAACUGCAGAAAUUGCAAGGCUUGUUCCUAGGUGACAAUAUGCUUUCAGGAGAAUUCCCACGUGCCAUCCUGAACCUUUCUUCUCUCCUAGCUCUGAGCUUGGAGACGAAUAUGCUAGGCAAGGCAUUGCCACCUAAUAUUGGCGACCUUCUGCCUAAUCUCAUACAAAUUACUUUGGGUGGCAACACCUUCGAAGGUCAUAUCCCAGCUUCCUUAGGCAAUGCUCCAGGGUUAACAGUCAUAGAUUUAUCAAUGAAUUAUUUCACUGGGAAAAUUCCAACUUCUUUUGGAAAGCUUGAAAAUCUGACUACUCUAAACCUUGAGUUUAACCAGCAUGAAGCAACGGACAGCAGCGAUUGGGAGUUCUUAAAUGCACUGACAAACUGUAGUUCUAUAAGUAUACUAUCACUGUCCUACAAUCAGCUGCAGGGAUCUAUCCCGCAGUCCAUUGGUAACCUAUCGCCCAGUCUUGACCACCUUCUGUUGUACGGGAACAACCUAUCAGGACAAGUACCCCAGAGCAUCGGAAAACUUAAUGCCUUAACUAAACUGGCACUAGGUGGAAACAAUUUAAGUGGUACAAUCGAAGGAUGGGUUGGAAACCUAAAAGGCCUUCGCAUAUUAAAUCUCAAUCCAAACAGCUUCACCGGCACAAUCCCAUCCUCUAUUGGCAAUCUUACUAACUUGAUUCUUCUAUAUCUAAGUGAAAAUGAAUUCGAGGGCCCCAUACCGGCCAGCAUGGGAAAUCUUCCAUUGUUAGAGCUAAACCUUAGCUCUAACAACCUUCAAGGGUACAUACCACCGAACUUCAGAAACCUCCAACAGCUCACACUUUUGGACCUCAGCCACAACAAUCUCCAAGGCGACAUACCUGACAUCAGUGACCUUAAACAGUUCAUUGCCUUAGAUCUUUCAUCAAAUAAGCUUACCGGGAAUAUCCCUGAUUCUUUGGGUCAAUGUUACGGUUUAGAGAGUCUGCAAAUGGACCAAAACUUUCUUACAGGAAACAUCCCAACAACUUUUGGCAACCUGAAAUUGCUGAGUAUGCUAAAUCUUUCACACAAUAACUUGUCAGGCACCAUCCCAUUAGAUCUAAACAGACUAGAGACUAAUGUUGAGUCAAACCUGUCUUCGAUGCAUGCAUGGCUAUGCAUGCUUGGUUACAGCGGCAGCAGUAGCAGUUACUUAGCCAGGAGGUGGAAAUGACAUGCAGCUGCAUGUCGGCAAGAAAAGCAGUAGCGGCUGCAUGCCUUGGUAGUUAAGGAAACUACUAGUAGUAGUAAUUUACUAUGGUAAAAGCUGAGCAAGUUAGUCGUCAGCAGUGAUGUAAUCUAGGAGCUUGACGUAAGCUCAUACGUAUAGUUAGUCGGUUCAGCUACCUAUAAAAGGAGCUGCAUCCCGGUUGUAAAACUCAGGCCAUUCCAAUUUCAUUACAAGGCAUUUCCUCCUUCUAGUACCACCGUGUGUGCUCCAAGCCUCAAGUGCUGUGUACUAGUACUACUACUACUACGUGUGUGUGUGAUACACUAGUGAGUGUGUGAGUAGUACGUGUGUGUGCUCAUCCACCGGUCAUCUAUCAGUGUACUCGAGUGCUAGCGAGUAGUUCUGGGCUGACAAUUGGUAUCAGAGCCUCUGGUUGUGGUAGCCAUGGCCGGUGGUAAAGGAGUGCAGCAGCGCACCACCUCGGGUGGUUCCCAGUCGCGGCCAUCACAGGACGGCUCCCAGUCGCCGGCUCCGGAGGAGCGGCGAGGGCGCAGCCGCUCCAGGCGUGGCCAUCGCGGUGAGGUCGUGGUUAGGGAGAUCGUGCGCGAGACCGCAAUCAGCGGUAGCGUGCCCAUCACCUUCCCGAUGCUCAUGCGCUCGAACUACAGCGAGUGGGCGUUGAUCAUGGAGUGCAACCUUCAUGCGGCGAGCCUCUGGGCUCCCAUGGAGGACGACCUGAUCGAGAGAAAGGAGGACAGGAAAGCCGUGGCGGCCCUCAUGCGCGCCACGCCGCCGGAGAUGCACGGCAUGCUCGCGGCGAAGGCAAGCGCCAAGGAGGCGUGGGAAGCCAUCCGUACCCAGCGCCUCGGCAGCAACCACGUGCGUGAGGUGAACGCGCAGAAGCUGCGGGCGGACUUCGAGAACAUCGCCUUCAAGGAGGGCGAGCUCGUCGACGACUUCGCCAUGCGGAUCUCCAGCCUUGCGUCACAGCUCCGCGCGCUCGGCGACACCAUGGACGAUGCGAGACUCGUGCGGAAAUUUCUCCGCGUCGUGCCAUCUCGCUUCGCUCAGGUAGCGGUCUCCAUCGAGACCUUGCUUGAUCUGAGUGAGCUCUCCGUCGAGGAGCUCACGGGCCGGUUGCGGGUGGUCGAGGACCGCCUUGACGACGGCCGCGAGAGCUUCGGCGGCGGACAACUCCUAUUCUCAAAGAAGUGGGAGGCGAGGAAGCGUCAAGGACGUGGUGGCGGUGCCCAGAGCAGCGGAGGCAGCAUCGGCAGAGGCGGCGGUCGCACCCAGGGUGGAGCCGGACGAGGUGCCGGCAACGACGACCGAGACAAGUGUCGAUAUUGUAGCAUCAAGGGCCACUGGGCCCGUGAGUGCUGCAAGAGGAUGGCUGACGAGGAUGCCGCGGCCGCGGCGAACCUCGUCGAGGCUGAAGAAGACGGUGGGCCAGCAAUGAUGAUGGCUUGCGUCGAGACCAUGCAGGAGGGUAGAGCGCCUCCGGCGACCAUGGUCCUGGCAAGCAUCGAAGCCGUGCAGGAGGGCGCAGCACCUCCGGCGACCACGGUGUCGGCAACCGUUAAGUCCGUGCGGGAGGCAUGGAGCUCUUCAAGUAAUCCCCUCGCGACAUCGGUAGCGCUCUCCCCGACAACUACGUUCUCGGGAGACUACGAUUGGGAGGAGAUGAAGACCCAGGUGUGGGGGAGCCACACCCCGGAAACCACGUCCCCUGCGACACUGGUCAAGCCCGUGCAAGUUGGCACGGCAAAGGCGUACCCGACAUCCUCGCGACCCAACAAGCUCGUGUCAGGAGGCACGACAACGACGCAUAUGGUGGGCCACGUCCCAACCAUGAUGCUGGUGACCAGUGAGACCGUGCAAGAGGCACGGCACUCUCAGGUCGGCCACAACCCGACAACCAGGUUCUCAGGGUUCUGCAAGCCCGUGUGGGCAACACGGCACUCUUCGACAAGCCUCAACUGGGAGGCAAUGAAGAGAUGGUCAUGGGGCGGCAAGGCCUCGACCGAGACUAUGGCGACCAUAGAGUCCGUGCAGGAGGCACAACACUCUCUGGUCGGCUAUGCCGCGACCCCGACGCGCUCGGGGUCCAUCGAGUCCGUGCGGGACGCACGGGACUCUGUAGUUGGGCACGACCCGACUACGCUGGUGGCGACCGUCGAGACCGUGCAGGAGGCACGAUGCUCUAUGGUCGGCCACACUGCAGCCCCGACGCACUCGGGCUCCAUCGAGUCCGUGCGGGAGGCACGACUCACGAUUGUCGGGGGAGACCCGACAAGCAAGUCUGAUGGGAAGAGCACCAAGGACUCCGCUACCCUGAGAGGAGCCACUCCGGUCAGUGUGGCGUCCGGCACAACGACCCUGGGAAGGGAGUUCCCGGGCAGUGCGGCGUCCGGCACGACGACCCCAGAAAGGGAAUUCCUGGGUAGUCCGAUGUCCGACAAGUCAUCCCCGGGAAGGGAGUUCCCGAGUAGCGUGACGUCCGACACGACGACCCCGGGAAGGGAGUUCCCGGGCAGUGUGACAUCAGGAACUACGACCCCAGAAACACUGACGCCCACGAGCGAGGUGGUUCCCGGGCAGUUCAUGUCCCCAUCAACAGCGCGGUCGGACUUGUUCGAUGCCAACAAAAAUGGUGGCGAUCCACACAGGUUCCGAAGCCUAGGGGGACCUUCUCGAGCCCGCGAGACGAUCGCAGCACCCGAGAUCAAGAAGCACGAACAGGGCAUACGGGCCGCCGAGAAGGCGGACAUCCCAACGAAGGCACUUGGUUGCGUCGAGUUCCAAGAGCCGCACGACAGGAGCGGGAUCAUCAAGACCCUCCUACAGGUUUGAGGGGGAGAUUGUUGAGUCAAACCUGUCUUCGAUGCAUGCAUGUCUAUGCAUGCUUGGUUACAGCGGCAGCAGUAGCAGUUACUUAGCCAGGAGGUGGAAAUGACAUGCAGCUGCAUGUCGGCAAGAAAAGCAGUAGCGGCUGCAUGCCUUGGUAGUUAAGGAAACUACUAGUAGUAGUAAUUUACUAUGGUAAAAGCUGAGCAAGCUAGUCGUCAGCAGUGAUGUAAUCUAGGAGCUUGACGUAAGCUCAUACGUAUAGUUAGUCGGUUCAGCUACCUAUAAAAGGAGCUACAUCCCGGUUGUAAAACUCAGGCCAUUCCAAUUUCAUUACAAGGCAUUUCCUCCUUCUAGUA